ACAUAUAAAUGCCUGGGAAAACACCAUUGUAGUAUUGAGGGAGGCAGCAUUUGACAAACCUGACGUGCCGUCUGUUAUUAGCUUGGACAAAUCAAAAUGUGUUGGGUCCAGUGUUUGACGUUGGCGAUAGUUUGUAGUGUGGUACAUGCUAAGGCUAAAUUGGCAGUAUUUAAUCCUGUGUAUCAACCGCAGCCACACAAUGGAUAUUAUGAUCACCCCAGAUACGCGUUUAACUAUGGAGUAGCGGAUCACUCUACCGGAGAUGUGAAAUCACAGCACGAGACGCGAGACGGAGAUGUUGUCAAAGGUCAAUACUCCCUAGUAGAGCCGGACGGUUCGAUCCGGACCGUGGACUACACAGCAGACUCCGUGAACGGUUUCAACGCGGUCGUCUCCAAGUCCGGACCAUCCGUCCACGCAGCCCCCCCGCCACCUCCGCCCCCUCCUCAGCAAGUGAAGCCGGUGAUUCGGUUCGUACCGAAACCAAUACCGGUACCGGUCGAGGUGCCCAGCCAGUACUUCAAUCAGCAGGCGUACCCUGUGCCAGCGUCAUUCUUGUUCCCGAAAGUGAGCCCUCAGUUCCCCGAGUACGACGGAUUCGAAGCGGACGGGCCAUACGCAAACUCUCCUGGAACCUUCUUUUAGAUAGAAACUUAGGAAACAUAUUUAUUAUUUAAAAUAAAAUUA